CUUGGACUUGCCUGCCAGUGAGUAUCGCAUGCAUGUGAUGUGAUAGAAUCAAAGGAAGUAACUGAAAACCAUGCGAAUUUUCUUAACUCUUCUUGGCAUCUUAGUGUUUUCCGCGCAGUUCAAUCGUUCAAUUAAUCCAUCCUCUUAUCCUUUUUACAUUUGCCAACUUUCUCCCAUCUCUGGUCUUUAGCGCAGUGUCGCUCAAAUCUCAUGGAACGUUGCAGCGAAUCUCUGGAUUGACAACUUAUGAAUCUUUUUUGUAGCAAUUGAAGUUAUCGAAGAUGAGACGAAGAACUUAUCCUCUAAACGUCAACAAUGGAUUCGAAGAUUGGGGGGGAUAUAUGAAUGCAAAAAAGCAGAAGUUGGAAGAACAGUUUGCCGUUGACGCUAAUAAGGAGGCUCCAAAUGACAAAUCUACCAUAUUUCAAGGCAUUGCAAUAUUUGUGAAUGGAUAUACAGUUCCAUCAGCAGAGGAACUGAAGUUUUUAAUGAUGGAGCAUGGAGGGAUCUAUCACCACUACCAAUCACCUCGCACUACGCAUAUAAUAGCCAGUAAUCUUCCCGAUACAAAAAUCAAACAGCUCAAAGGGAACCUAAAAAUCGUGAAACCGGAAUGGAUUGUCGACAGUCUCAAAGCAAAUCGGUUGCUUGGUUAUGAUCAAUACUUACUCUAUACAAACCAGUCAACCACGCAACCAACAUUGAAGUUCACCAAAACCAGUCCAGUCAAGAACAAAGCAGACCUUCCAAAUGGCUUCAACGGUUCCACCAGUCCUGGCGACCUCUUCGAAGACUGUGAGGCAAUGGAUUGUGCCUCAGAAGUUCAAAAUGAAAAGAAAUCAGAAAUAUCCCCCACCAAACAGUCCAAAUGGACUGCAAGGACAGCUAGUGAUGAUAAUUUUCUAUCUGAGUUUUACCAGAACUCACGUUUGCACCACAUUGCUACCAUGGGUGCCACUUUCAAAGAUUAUGUGAACGAACUUAGAGAGAAAAACAGUCGCAGCUUUCCAGGCAGAAAAUUUCUCAAUAACGUUGAAAAAGUAGAUCUUGAAGAAGACGAAUUAGAUGACUCACAAUCAAAGAAUUCGCAGAAAACAAUAAUGCACAUUGACAUGGAUUGUUUUUUUGUUUCGGUUGGUUUGCGGAAUCAUCCUGAAUUGCGAGGAGUGCCAGUUGCAGUCACGCACAGUAAGAAAAAUCCGUCCAAGCUUGAACCUAACCAGAGUGUGCAGAAAGAGAUUGAUCUUUACAAGAAGCGUACGAUUGAGAGGUAUAAGAAAGAUGGAGAUGGGAAUGAUGAUUUGAUUGCAAAGCGGAUUUCAUGGGCGAAUAAUAUCGGUGAAGCUGAUUCUAUGUCAGAGAUAGCAUCGUGCAGUUAUGAAGCCCGGAAGUUAGGUGUCAAAAAUGGAAUGUUUCUAGGACAGGCGCUUAAACUUUGCCCAAAUUUGAAGACUAUUCAGUAUGACUUCGAGGGGUACAAAGAAGUAUCCACCACUUUAUACAAUUGUGUUGCCAGUUUUACGUUGGAUAUUGAAGCUGUCAGCUGUGAUGAAAUGUUCGUUGAUUGUACAUCCCUCCUGAAGGAAACUGGUGUAACUGCUCUUCAGUUCGCUACUGUUUUACGUGGACAAAUUAAAGAAAAAACCGGCUGUCCAUGCUCAACUGGUUUUGGAAGCAACAAGCUCCUAGCUCGCCUUGCUACACGGAAAGCCAAACCAGAUGGACAAUUUUACUUAUCUGAAAAUAACUUACACGGCAUCAUGAGGAGCACCCUUGUGGCUGAUCUGCCAGGUGUUGGACGUGCGAUGGUUUAUAAACUGUCAACGCUUGGUGUUAAAACAUGUGCAGACUUAGAGAGGAUACCGCUUGAUAAACUGAAGUCUGAGUUUGGUGAAAAAACAGGACUAUCUUUGUACAAUAACUGUAGAGGAAAGGAUGACCAAGUACUGAAUUUCAAUCACCAAAGGAAAUCGAUAUCAGCGGAAAUAAAUUACGGCAUUCGUUUCAAAGAUCAAGCAGAGGCGGACAACUUUUUGCAGAAGUUGUCGAAAGAGGUUGAGAAUCGGUUGCGAGAAGUCAAAAUGAAAGGAAGAUGUAUCACUCUUAAGUUCAUGGUGCGAGCCCAAGAAGCUCCAACAGAAACCGCUAAGUUUAUGGGUCAUGGUGUGUGCGAUCACAUGACCAAGUCCGUCACAAUACCAAUACCGACUGCCGAUUCGAACAUUAUUUACAAGGAAGUCAUGAAGAUUGCACAACAGUGGAACGCACCACCCCAAGAUCUGCGUGGGAUCGGCAUUCAAGUAUCACGUUUGCAGAAGGAAAUCCAAGUUGCGAAAUCAUCACUCUACGGAUUUUUAAAAAGGAACAGCCUGUCACAAAAAAUGCGGCAGAAAGAUAAGGGGAAUACUCCCUCCAAUAACAGUUCAACACCAAAGUUGCCAACCUCCAAAAAACACGAUUCCCAUCAAAAUGGAGAACCGAUAGAUAUCGAUUUUGGGGACCAACCACCAGACCCUUUACACAUGAAUGAUUUGACCUUCAAAAAACCGAACUCUUGUCAUGAAGAAGAGCCAAUGGUCAUCGAUUUUGAUAAUCCGCAACCUGGUCCCUCACAAGUGAAUGGUCUUAAGAAAACCUUCAAACCUAGUGUGGAUGAAUUCUUCAAUCGUAACAAGCAAAAUACUAAAAAGCCUCCAGCUAUCGACAACUCGGUGUUGGAGGCACUUCCAGAUGACAUAAGAAUGGAGGUCUUAAAAGAAUAUCCAGAUCAAAUCAAAACUUUUCAACAAUUAGAAAAAACAAAGCCGCCAAAAAUUGAUAACACAGAGUCGCAGAACAAUUUGGCAGUCUAUGAGGCAGAUUUAACUUUAUCACAAGUCGAUAAGAGUUUUCUCGAAGCACUGCCCAAUGAUCUGCGACAAGAAGUAAUCUCUGAUUUCAAAAGUCGAGCAAGUGAAAAGAAAAAAGAAGCAGCUGAGCAAAGCAGGACAAUGAUUGGAGUUGGAGAAAAAUCAGAUGCAGUUCCCUCCUCAACAUCUAAAGUCACCGAUGAUGAUGAUGCUGAAGAACUGGACUUCUCAUUGUCCAUCAAAGAGAUUCGGAAAUUGAUAAAAGAGUGGACUCAGUCCGAAGAGAAACCCACUGAGUUCGACAUCAAUAUUUUUUCGAAGUAUCUUGUUCAUUUGGCGUGUAGUAAAGAUCUGGAGCAUCUUUUACAAAUUCUCAACAUGCUUUACAGGCUGCUUGCUGUAAAAAAGGAAAUUUCGUGGAAGAGAGCCUAUUCGGUCAUGGUGGAAGCUGUCCAGGGAGCAAUGAUGCAGACCUAUAAUUCAAAACUCAUGGUCAAUGAAUUCUUUCCACCUUGAAGCAGUGCUCCAUUGAUAAUUUUUCACAAAGACUCUAAGAAAACAUCAUAUUAAGAGCAUGAACUGGUCUUGUUUUUUUAUUUUUCAGUUCUGUGUGUGAGCCAAGUGAAUGGCACUAGGCUUAUCUGAGUCAUUAAUUUUACAGAACAUACAAUUUUCUCACUGUUGCUUGGAUUGUCUAACAUGGUGAAUUAUUUGGAGCUGGAUGAUUCGAAAGAAUCACUGGAAAUUUGCCUGAUAAAGUCUUUCAUAUUUUAACACAUUUUUUCAUCAACGUAAUUAUUUUGCAUACUUGUUUUGUUCUAAAAAUUAUUUUAAGUAACUUAAUUUGACCGGCACUGCAAGGCUUUUUUGUCGCUUGAGCUGUAUGUUCUGUCAAGAGAAAUGUGAUAUUUAUCUAGUCAUAGUGUACCAUCAUCGAAUAUUUUGUCUGUUUUCUCAUUAAUGGUGCCACAAUCAUGAAUACAAAGUUUUUUAUUUUUGUGAAAA